AUGCCGCGACUUGUACGCCGCCAGCCGUUGGCCGAGCGUAUCAAGUCCUACUUGAACCCGCUGGAUUUCCUGCUUUGGCUAUGGGAGGAGAUUGAUGCGAAUGAUUGGGAUCAGUUUGAAAAGAAUUGGGCGACGACGUUGGGUGUCAUUUUGAACCUCGUGUUUAUGGUCGCGAGGGCCAACACCCGCACAAGUGGCAGUCAAGCUUUUGACGAUGUGUUUGGCGAGGAAGUCGGAGUUUCGUACCUCAGCUGGCUUGCGGCGUUCAUUGUCCACUUCCUGAUCUGCGCCUCCGCCCUAAACACCUUCUACACCUUCCAGCGCAAACGGCAUUAUCGCAUGUUUGAAGCCUCGAUCGACAAAGCCCCCGCUACGCCGUCUGCUCACCGUGUUCGAGUUGAUUCUACACCCGUGACGGCCUCGCCGCUUCGAUACCUUGCCAAUGCGCUUUCCGGGUCUGCCGAGUCGCGGGCUCACCCUGAUGCCGAGCGUGAUGUUUGGGAGAUUGCGGUUUGGGAUCCCCUGCCGAUUUGCCUCCGUCUCUUCUGUCUCUUCAGUCCUGGGCAUGUCCUUAUCUAUUGGCUCUUUCUCCCUACACAGCUCUCGGACCCUCGCCCUAGUGUCACGAUCGUUCUGGCUCUUGUGGUGACGACUCUUCUGUCGAUUCAGAUGUCAUUCCUUUCGUCGUUCUUCCAGAGGCAAGCCAAGGAUUCUCAGAUAGUUCACAAGGAAGUGUUGAGGGAGUACGACACAAAAUUCGUGCAUCCCAGAACCCAGCCAUUGAUGAGAGAGGUCGGAACCCAAUUCUCCGGUCCUAACUCGGCCUUUGAGAAGUACAACAAGGUCGAGACGUACACACCAGCCGUCGUCAUUAACAGAGGAUUCAAGACGAGCCCUAACCCGAAUUACUUAAGGCAUAUCGAUCCUGAUGGGAAUACCUCUCGGAAUAGCUCCUUCGCUUCUACGCCAUCGAGACCACCUCACCUAGUGCAAACUCCAAAUCAUUUGCGGGACGCUUCUCCAGCCAUCAAAGCUCCGCUAGCUUCUAUUCGCCAGCCCCAAUUCCGACCGACCCCAUCUCGCACAGGUGAUGGUGGUAGUCUCGGAGUAUACUCACACGCCAAUUCGCCUUUGCGGAAAUCUACGCCCGGCAACUUUGAUCGCCGUCUGCAUAACAGUGGGGAUUUCUUUUAUCGAGAAAGAAGUGUACGGCCUUCUAGUCCUCUCAAAAAGAGCAACAUAUCCGCUGCUCCAAGUCCAGUUACUCCAGGGACCAGCAGGAGUAGCCUGCGUCGUGAGACUGGGCACUUCUAG